CGCACGGUCGCAUUAUCUCUUUUUUGAGAGUAAAAAAUAACGCAUUGACAGUAUUGUCAUGUGUAUAAGUAAUGGAGAGGUCCUACCUUUUCAUCGUAGGUCAUAGGUGGAACGCAUUUUUAGCUGCACUGAGUAGACAUUAAAUUACAUUAUGUUGAGCGUUAUAACCACGACAGAUAUUCCUACCACCUUCCGGUAUUAAACAUGGCUGCGCCAUUGAAAGUUGCUGGUACAUGUACUCGAGGAUUAGCUAAGUACAUACCGGUUUAUAUACAUUCAAGCCGGGGAUUAGCAAGAAUUAUCCAACCAAGGCGGGGAUUAAUAAGGAUUAAGACAUCCUGGAGACCUCGGAUUACUUUUCGGCCAUGUUUGAUUGCAGGUUUCCCCACAUCGCGUAGACCUGCCCGAGGCUUGACAACCCAACCACUGAGUUUUAAAAAAAUGCCGGCGAACUACCCGCUUGUGACUGGCUCGGAACACUGGAGAAGAAAAGUCCGCACCGUAUUCAACUGCUUAGAUUCGAACUCAGAUGGCUACAUCACUAGAGAAGACUGGGUGAUUGGGGUCCGCCGUGUUGUCCAGUAUUUGGAUAUUGAUGAUGAGAAAGCCGAACGCAUUCUAAACGAACGUCUCGCAGUCUGGAAAUCCCUCGUCAAAGACUCAGAAGACGACACAACGGCCAAGAUUUCAGUAGACGAAUAUGUGCAGCAUAGUUUAUCGUUCGUCAACUGGGUCAACUACCGACAAGAAUUGCACGUAAAACUCAUCGCGACUACUUUCAAUGGGAUGGACCUCGACGGCGAUGGGUUUAUUUCCAAGGAAGAACACGCCGCUUUUUUCUACGGCAUCCACGUCCCCGUUGAGCACUCGAAGGACAUCUUUGAUGUGAUGGACGCAGAGAAGGACGGUUUUAUAUCCCUUGCAGAGUAUGCAGAGGCCCAUAUGGAGUUUUGGUUAACUGAAGAUCCCGAUAAUAAAUAUAAUGAAUUCUUUGGACCAUUGGUCGACUAGUACUUGUACUUUCUCUUUUUAAAAGGG